AUGACUUGUCUCGACAAGGCAAGAAACUUGUGGGAUGUCACACUCUCCGAGUGGAAGGUGAGCUGGGAGGAUCUGCGUGACUCAAAGCUGUCCGGCCGUCUUCUCUUUGCCAUUGCUUGUGUGUUGGUGGUGAUCGUCGGCAACGUUGUCCUGCUCAUCGCGGUGAACUUCUGGCUUUCCAUCUUUCCCGUGGAUAGCGCGGCCCCCAACUCCAGCCAGAUUACUGUCCAGGUGAUUGUAUGCUGCCUCCUCUCCAUGUGCUUUUGCCUGUUUGGGGUCGUGUUUCUUGCGGUGUACGGCCUCCGUCCACUGUGGCAGGUGUUGGCUGACACAAACCGCGUUCGUGGCCCGCUGUAUCGUCUAGUGCUGUUGUUUGCCUCCGGCGCCACCAACGCCUUGUCGGGUGUGCUUUCCAUCCACGCCAUGUCCUACACCCCCGAGUUCGUGCAGGCGGUUCUGUUGAGCGUCAUUCCCUUUUGUGCGCAGCUCUGGACCUACCUGCUGAUCCCGGCGGAGCGGAAACGGCGCUAUGGCUCCAUCACCCUCAUCGCCUCCUUCUUCAUCUUCGUGGCGGGCGUCCUGCUGUCGUCCAUGUCCUCCUUUUUGGACACCACACAGACGGGGCACGCGGCGCCGUGGGACUGGACUCUCAUCUACCUUGCGAGCGCCGUGGUGUUCGGCCUUUGGUGCGUCAUCCAGCGGCUCUACCUCGAUGCCGUGACGUUCCGCAGCGUGGCGAGUGCGGCACCGGUGGGGCAGGGCAGCGCCGCGUUCGCGGCUGACGCGGAGGACGCCACCGCGCCAAGGAAGCCCUCCGGGGCGGGCGUGGAAACAACCGCAGUGGGAGUGGGGCGAGAGGGUCAGGUGAGUGCGACUUCCCCGCCCAACGGGGCAGCUGCGUCCUACCAGGACGAGUGUGAGGGCAUGGCAGAAAGCUCGCUCACGGAUCCGCUCUUGGUCGCCCACCGCGAGUGGGGGAAGCAGAACAAAGACGACCUUGCCGCCAAGGCAGUGCUGCUUCUGGUUGGUAUGGCCUUCCAAACCCUUGUGUCGGUUGCCUGCGUGCCUCUGGACGCCAUUCCCUGGUUCGGCAAGGCUUCCAACGCCACCGAGGCCUGGGCCGGGUUUGCUGCGUCCUGCAAUUUCAUUUUUGCAGAAUGGAACAAUAUACGCUAUGGAAUGUUACACACGCUCGGUAUGCUGAUGAGCUUUGUGGGCUGCACGUACCUCAACGAGCGCUCCCCCACACUUGCGUCUGUGGUCCUGCAGCUCUCCGGCCCCCUGACGGGUCUGCUGCUCGUUAUUGUGCCCAAGUGGGACGUCUACGGCGCGCACGGGGUUCUUGCGCAUAAGCUCGGUGGUGUCAUUAUGCUCAUCGUUGCCGGGAUGAUGUAUCAUGUGUGGGAUCAGGCCUCCCUGAGGGAGCUGGUGAACAAGCACCAGGCGUAG